AUGGCUACACCGUCUGCACGAAUGGCCUGGAGAGCCAGUGCCCGGGCUCGCACCUUCCCUACAUACAGUUUGACCCAACGUCCGUCCGCAUUGAUUUCGAAGCGGGCCGUGCGCUUCCCCGGUGCUUCACGAUAUGCUUCAGACUCCGCUGCACCAGCGGCUGCCGAGGCAGCCAAGGAGCAGGUGAAGGAUGCGACAAAGGAGGCAGCUAAGGAGAUCCCUCGCAAAGCGGAUCGAGGCUCGAGGAAGCUCCUGUACGGUACCUCGUUGGCCCUGACGCUACUUGUGGGCUAUAUCUAUGGAACGGACACCAGAGCCAGUAUCCACAGAUACGGAGUGGUCCCCCUCAUCCGCCUCCUGUGGCCCGAUGCGGAGGACGCGCACCACAUUGGUGUAGAGAACCUGAAGAUGCUUUACCGAUAUGGUCUCCACCCGCGCGAGCGUGGCGACCCUGACAGCGAUGGUGCCCUGGCAACUGAGGUCUUCGGGUACACUCUUUCAAACCCUAUCGGUAUCUCCGCCGGUCUGGACAAGCACGCCGACGUCCCCGACGCCCUGUUCGACAUCGGCCCCGCCAUUGUUGAGGUCGGUGGUACCACUCCCCUGCCACAGGAAGGAAACCCCAAGCCUCGAGUGUUCCGGCUGCCCUCCCAACAUGCCAUGAUCAACCGCUACGGCCUUAACUCCAAGGGUGCCGACCACAUGGCAAAGGUGCUGAAGCAGCGUGUAUCUGACUUUGCCUACGCGGUCGGGUUCGGCUCGCACGAGGAGUCCGUGCUACGUGUUCUGGACGGCGAAGCUAACGUUCCACCGGGAAGUCUGGUGCCCGGCAAGCUGCUCGCGGUGCAAGUCGCCAAGAACAAGCUCACCCCGGACUCAGACAUCGAAGCGAUCAAGCGCGAUUACGUCUACUGCGUCGAUCGCGUCGCGCCAUAUGCUGAUAUCCUCGUUGUCAACGUCUCUAGUCCAAACACUCCCGGUCUGCGCGACCUCCAAGCCGCCGCACCUCUCACAGCAAUCCUGACUGCAGUCGUCGCCUCGGCGAAGAACAUCCAGCGCAAGACCAAGCCCUACGUUAUGGUCAAGGUCAGCCCGGACGAGGACUCCGACGAACAGAUCUCCGGAAUCUGCGAGGCUGUCUGGAACUCCGGCGUCGAUGGCGUCAUCGUCGGAAACACAACCAACCGUCGACCCGAUCCCCUGCCCAAGGGAUUCGUCCUCCCCGCCGAGGAACAGAAGACUCUGAAGGAAACCGGCGGCUACUCCGGCCCGCAGUUGUUUGACCGUUCUGUUGCACUCGUCGCCCGCUACCGCGCCUUGCUUGACCAGGGACCGCCGUCGGCUGCGGACUCGGAUAAGGCCGAUAAGCCCGUCGAAAAAGUGUCUGGGCUUCCUCGGAAGGUUAUUUUCGCCUCUGGUGGUAUCACGACCGGCCAGGAGGCGCGUGAGGCGCUCAAGGCUGGUGCUUCGGUCGCUAUGAUGUACACUGGCGUUGUCUACAGUGGUGUUGGCACUGUCACACGAGUCAAGCAGGAGCUGCGGAAAGAGCUGCAGGAGAAAUGA